AUGGCUGAACCACUUGCCACAAACGCUUUGUCCGAUUCCUGUCAUAAUUACCUCUGGAUCCGCCGCGUUCAGAUGACUCAGGAUAAUUACUUUAAGAACGCUUCUAAUGGUGUGUGUAACGAUGAUUUGGACAGGAUUCCGGAAUGCCAAAAAAUUGUCGACGGAUCCUCCGAGAGGAUACCUUGUCUCUUCGAGCACAAACAAGAAGUGAAAAACCAUGAAUGCCAGAUGUACCUAAAUCUCGUCGGUGAGAUAAUCCUUUCGGACUUUCGCCUUGUCUACGGCUUCAUUGACUCAUGCAAGAAAGACAUUGAAAAAUUUAAGUGCGGACGUGUCUCCGUAGGUCCUGCCAACGUAAAUCGAUUAAGCGUCCUCUCACAAGGCGAAACAAUAAAUUGCCUCAGCCUUCGUAUUGAGAAGCUGGAUUCCAAAUGCGCUCAUCAAAUUUUCAGAAUUUCUGAGUUACAGUCGGAUGACUUUCAUCUUGAUCGUCCACUAUUUUAUGCUUGUCGAGGAGAUCGCGAACGUUUAUGCGGGGGCGUUGUGUCCGGAGACGGACGCGUUUUUGAUUGUUUAAUGGAUCACAAAUUCGACGAAGGAAUGUCUUCAGAAUGUCGACAACAUUUGACGAAGAGGUUUGCCUUGGAUGUCUAUUUUUCUCCAUAG